UCCUUCCUCCUCUCCUCACACAGGUCACAUGAUGGUGACAUCACACAGGUCCUGUGCUCUUCCUGAUGCCUGCAGGUCCUGUGUGUGUUGGAGAUUCCUUAUUCUCUGGACCUUGUAUACAGAGGAGAUAGAGAUAUAUAUAUGUGACAGUCACUGCUGAGCUGCGUUACAUUGUGUUGGUGCAGUGUUAGCUCCGCCCCAUAUGACUGUAUUACACAUGUAUGUCGGUGACUGCGGCUGUAGCGGUGUUGGCGGUUGUAUUGUCCUCUAUGGGAUAUAACCAGUGUUAUCCGCCAUUACUAAUACACCCCAGUUGUCUCCUCUUCCCCUGAAUGACCCCAAGGAUGGAGAAGGACAGGAAUGAGAUGACUAAGAGAAUAUUACACUUCACCUUGGAGAUCCUCCACCUGCUGACCGGAGAGGAUUACACCAUAGUGAAGAAGACAUCGGGGGAGUGUGUGGCCCCCAGCAGCCAUCUCCAUGAGUCAGGAGGACAGAGCAGGGCCCGGGGCCCCAUCACGGAGCCUCCACCUCACUCACUGCUACAUGAGGAGAAGAUCCUAGAACUCAUCCACAGGAUCACUGAGCUGCUUACUAGAGAGGUUCCUAUAAGGUGUCAGGAUGUGGCGGUCUAUUUCUCCAUGGAGGAGUGGGAGUAUGUAGAAGGACACAAGGAUCUGUACCAGCACAUAGUCAUGAUGGAGGAUCACCGGCCCCUCACAUCACAAGAUGGAGUCAUUGAUAUAAAUCCACCCGAGAGGUGUCCCCGCCCUCUGUAUUCCCAGGACUGUCCAAAGAGAAAUGUCCCUGAAAACCAUCUGGAUGAAGAUCUGAUGGAUAUUAAGGUUGAGGUUGUAGAUAAAGAAGAGGAGACGGGUGUCAUGGCUGAUCAUCGGUGUAAGGAGGAGGAAACGGGUGUCAUGGCCGAUCAUCAGUGUAAGGAGGAGGAGACGGCAGUCAUGGCCGAUCAUCAGUGUAAGGAGGAGGAAAUGGGUGUCAUGGCCGCUUAUCAGUGUAAGGAGGAGGAGACUGGUGUCAUGGCCGAUCAUCAGUGCAAGGAGGAGCAGACGGGUGUCAUGGCCAAUCAUCAGUGUAAGGAGGAGGAGACGGGUGUCAUGGCCGAUCAUCAUUGUAAGGAGGAGGAGACGGGUGUCAUGGCCGAUCAUCAGUGUAAGGAGGAGGAGACAGGUGUCAUGGCCGAUCAUCAGUGUAAGGAGGAGGAGACGGGUGUCAUGGCCGAUCAUCAGUGUAAGGAGGAGGAGACUGGUGUCAUGGCCGAUCAUCAGUGUAAGGAGGAGGAGACUGGUGUCAUGGCCGCUUAUCAGUAUGCCAUCAGAAAUCCACCCGAGAGGUGUCCCCGCCCUCUGUAUUCCCAGGACUGUCCGGAGGGAAAUGUCCCAGAGAAGCAUCAGGGUGAAGAUCUGAUGGAUAUUAAGGUUGAGGUUAUAGAUGAUGGUGAAGAGGAAACGGAUUUCAGGGCCAAUCAGCAGCAUGGAUAUAGAGGAGGUGAUGUAUUCAUUCCCUGUGUGUUCCCUACAGAUGGAGUCAUGGAUAGAAAUCCACCCGAGAGGUGUCCCCGCCCUCUGUAUUCCCAGGACUGUCCAGAGGGAAAUGUCCCAGAGAAGCAUCAGGGGGGAGAUCUGACUAAUAAUGAAGUGGAGGAUGAAGAAGAGAGGAUGAGCGGCCAUCACCCGUGUAUGAGGGAAGUGAAGGAGGAAAUUCCAGGAGGUGUUACCCCAGAACAUCCCAGUAAUAACUUUGAUGAAAACCUAUUAUCCCUGAAUUAUAAAGCCGAAGAUGAUGAAGAUGACGAUGACGAUCUCGUGCCGCACUCUUCAGGAGACCUCCUCACCCUUAAUGAAGAAGGGUCCCAAAGAAAUGAAUGUGGUAAACAAUUUAUAAAAAGCUCAGGUCUUACACACAGAAGACUUGAGAGACGACCAAAGCCGUAUACAUGCUUUCAGUGUGGGAAACAUUUUGCCGGAAAAAAAACUUUUCUUAAGCAUCAACAAAAUCAUGGACGAAAGUUGCUGUAUCCAUGUUCAGUAUGUGGGAAAUGUUUUACAAGUAGUUCAAAUCUUAUUACACACAAGAGAAGUCACACAAAUGAUAAGCGGUUUCCAUGUUCAGAAUGUGGGAAAAGUUUUAUAUUAAAACAUCAUCUUGUAAACCAUCAGAGAACUCACACUGGCGAGAAGCCAUUUGCAUGUACAGAAUGUGGAAAAUGUUUUUCAACAAAAACAAGUCUUGUGUAUCACGAGAGAGGUCACUCAGAAGACAGACCUUAUCCAUGUUCAGAAUGUGGAAAAAGUUUUACAAAAAAUUAUUAUCUUGUACAACAUGUGAAAAUUCACACAGGAGAGAAGCCGUAUCCAUGUUCAGAAUGUGGGAAAUGUUUUACUACUAAAGACAAACUCAGGGACCAUCAGAGAAGUCACACUGGAGAGAAACCAUUUCUAUGUUCAGAAUGUGGGAAAUGUUUUACUACUAAAGGCAAACUCAGGGACCAUCAGAGAAGUCACACUGGAGAGAAACCAUUUCUAUGUUCAGAAUGUGGGAAAUGCUUUACUACUAAAGGCAAACUCAGGGACCAUCAGAGAAGUCACACUGGAGAGAAACCAUUUCCAUGUUCAGAAUGUGGGAAAUGUUUUACUACUAAAGACAAACUCAGGGAGCAUCAGAGAUGUCACACUGGAGAGAAACCAUUUCUAUGUUCAGAGUGUGGGAAAUGUUUUUCAUCAAAAUCAAAUCUUUGCAAACAUGUAAAACGUCACUCAAUAGAUAAACAAUUUCCAUGUGCAGAUUAUGGUAAGUUUUUUCCAAAUCUUUUUAUACAACAGAGUAGUCACACAGGAGAGAAGCCAUUUCCAUGUUCAGAAUGUGGGAAAUGUUUUCUAGAAAAGUCAAGUCUUGCUAGACAUAAGAGACGUCACACAGGAGAAAAACCAUUUCCAUGUUUACAAUGUGGGAAAUGUUUUCUAGAAAAGUCAGACCUUGUUGUACAUGAGAGAAGUCAUACAGGAGAGAAGCCAUUUCCAUGUUCAGAAUGUGGGAAAUGUUUUCUAGAAAAGUCAAGUCUUGCUAGACAUAAGAGACGUCACACAGGAGAAAAACCAUUUCCAUGUUUACAAUGUGGAAAAUGUUUUCUAGAAAAGUCAGACCUUGUUGUACAUGAGAGAAGUCACACAGGAGAAAAGCCAUUUUCAUGUUCACAAUGUGGUAAAUGUUUUUCAACUAAUAGCAGACUCAAGAUUCAUCAGAGAAGUCACACAGGGGAAAAACCAUAUUCGUGUUCACUAUGUGGGAAAUGUUUUACAGAAAAAUCUAAUCUUAUUAGACAUCAGAUAACUCACACCGGGGAGAAGCCGUAUUCAUGUUCAGAAUGUGGGAAAUGUUAUACAGAUAAAUCAGGUGUUAUUAAACAUCAGCGAAUUCACACCAGAGAGAAGCCUUAUUCGUGUUAGGAAUAUAGGAAAUGUUUUUGAAAUAAAUCAAGUCUUAUUAAACAUGUGAGAAUUCACACCAGGAGGAAGCUUUAUUCAUGUUAGGAAUGUAGGAAAUGCUGUAAGAGCAAACAACAAAUCUUCACCCAUCAGGUUAUUGACGGAUAUUAUACAGACAGGAAGAGGUUUAUUAUUAUGGAAUUAUCCAAAUGAUCUUUACCUGAGGUCACAGGGAUCAGAGAGGAAGAUCCGUAAACUCCCCCGAACUGCAGGAGAAAGCAACGGGACUCGCCCCAAGGGUUGUUUUUACAUAAAUGGACGUAUCAAUAUUUUGUUUUCCUUUGUACUGAA